AAGUAAACACUUGCCUAAAAAUGAUGGACAUAGAGCACGAGGCUUUCUGCAAUCUCCGCCGCUCCAUGCACUCCACCUCGGCAGCUGACAUCGAUCCUAAAGUCCACAUCAUCGUGGAGAGAGCUGUGAGGAGCAUUCUGGACGAGCAGUCCAAUGAGCCCCGUAGCAACCUGCUCAGCCCAUCUCAGGUGGUGGUGGAGGUGGUGCCCAGGCUCCUCCUGGCCCUGUGGCUUCAGCCAGAGGAAGGCCAUUCAGAGCACCCAAUCCUAAUAAGCGGGAUGGCCAUGGGCAUGGUGGAGGCCGUAGUGGAGAAGCUCUCCUGUUUGUUAAAGGACCCUUCCCCUCACAUCCAUUUCUCCCGGGCUGCUGCUUUUGACUCUGUGCGGUCGAUCCUCGGGAGAAUCAGUCAGUCCUUCUCCACGGAUGACCUCCAGAGCCCUUUGUAUAUGAGCUCUGUCUGUGUCUUUGUGGCGGACGAGGUGCAGAGCUGCUUCCAGCCCCCUGCAGCCACCCUACCAGUCCCCCCUGUCCUCGCGGUGGCCGUUUUCACCACACUACCAGACCAGGCUUCUUCCCACCUGGAGGUUGUGGACAUCACCACUAACACAGAGGCAGACCAGGUUUCUUCCCACCUGAAUGUGGUGGACAUCACCCCUAAUACAGAGGCAGAUCUGGCUUCUUCCCACCUGAAUGUGGUGGACAUCACCACUAACACAGAGGCAGACCCGGCUUCUUCCCACCUGAAUGUGGUGGACAUCACCACUAACACAGAGGCAGAUCCGGCUUCGUCCCACCUGAAUGUGCUGGACAUCACCACUAACAAAGAGGCAGAUCCGGCUUCUUCCCACCUGAAUGUGGUGGACAUCACCACUAACACAGAGGCAGAGGCAACUUCUUCCCACCUGAAUGUGGUGGACAUCACCACUAACACAGAGGCAGAGGCAGCUUCUUCCCACCUGAAUGUGGUGGACAUCACCCCUAACACAGAGCUUGAGCCCAUCUCUUCCCACUUGGAGGUUGUGGACGUCACACCUGAAGAAAGGAAUCUCACGAUGGCCGUCUUCACCACUCUGCCAGCUGACAUCCAAGCAGAGGAUGUGGCUGUGGUCAUCCCAAGUGUCACCCCACACGUCACCAAGGACGUGACACUGGAUGUUCCAUGCAGAGCUAGGAAAGGGGCAGUCCCGCGAUUAUUUUGCAGGCUUUGGAGGGCAGUGUGCUUCUGCGCCUGCCACAAGGAAGAGGAGGAACAAUAUUAA